ACGGCAGCCGCGACGCAGAUGCGCCCGGGGCGGGCGACUGCCAGCCGCGGGACGCGCGCAACGAGGAGCUGGCCAAGGUGGAGGUGGCCGUGCUGGCCGUGACCUUCGUGGUGGCCGUGCUCGGCAACAGCAGCGUGCUGCUGGCCCUGCGCCGCACGCCGCGCAAGGCGUCCCGCAUGCACCUCUUCAUCCGGCACCUCAGCCUGGCCGACCUGGCCGUCGCCUUCUUCCAGGUGCUGCCGCAGCUGUGCUGGGACGUCACCUACCGCUUCCGCGGCCCCGACGGGCUGUGCCGCGUGGUGAAGCACCUGCAGGUGUUCGCCAUGUUCGCGUCGGCCUACAUGCUGGUGGUCAUGACCGCCGACCGCUACAUCGCCGUGUGCCACCCGCUCAAGACCCUGCAGCAGCCCGCGCGCCGCUCGCGCCUCAUGAUCGCCGCCUCCUGGGCGCUGAGCUUCGUGCUGAGCACGCCGCAGUACUUCAUCUUCUCCAUGAUCGAGGUGGACAACGUCACCAAGGCCCACGACUGCUGGGCCACCUUCAUCCAGCCGUGGGGCAGCCGCGCCUACGUCACCUGGAUGACGAGCUGCGUCUUCGUGGCGCCCGUGGUCAUCCUGGGCACGUGCUACGGCUUCAUCUGCUACCACAUCUGGCGCAACGUCCGCGGGAAGAGCGCGGCGCGCCAGGGCAAGAGAGCGGCGGGCUCGGGCGGCGCCUUCCACGAGGGCCUCUCGGUCGCGCCCUUCGUCAGCAGCGUGAAGACCAUCUCCCGCGCCAAAAUCCGCACCGUGAAGAUGACUUUUGUGAUCGUGACGGUUUAUAUCCUCUGCUGGGCGCCUUUCAUCAUCGUGCAGAUGUGGUCGGUCUGGGAUGAGAAGUUCGUCUGGACCGAUUCAGAAAACCCCUCUACCACCAUCACUGCAUUACUAGCUUCCUUGAACAGUUGCUGCAACCCCUGGAUAUACAUGUUUUUUAGUGGCCAUCUCCUGCAAGACUGUGUCAGAAGCUUCCCAUGCUGCCAAAGCACGAAGCAAAACUUCCACAAAGAAGAUACUGACAGUAUGAGCAGAAGACAGACUUCUUACACCACCCACCGAAGCCCAACAAACAGCACAGGAUCAAAUUAACAAAUACAGAAAAAGAAACUUAAGAAUAAAUCUGAUGAUAUCAGAAUUGCUACCUUUCCACCCACAAAGGUAGUUGUUUUUAUAACAUAAGAUUUCUGACUUAUAUAUACUACAUGAUGCAUAAGCUCAUUAGUACAACAAACUUAACUAAGUGUAGACACUAUGUAUUUAGUAUUCCAUUUUUGAAAGUGUUUCUCAGAUGCUCUGUGUCCUCCACCUUAUUGUGCUAUAUAGGAGAAUUUCAGUGUGUUUUUUCUGGGCUGAUUAUAUGACUCCAAUUUUGAACAGACAUUGAGAUGUUUUGUGAUUGUAUUUAAUAUUUGGUUCUUUAAUGAAAAAAAUGCCUUGUAUUAUGUGGAAGUAACUGAUACAUUAUUGCUCAAUUUUACUGUGUGUUGGCAUAUUUCUAUAAAUAAAGAUAAAUUUCAGAUUUCCUUGAAACAGUUUUUACAACUUAGUCUAAUGGUGAAAUACCUUUCAAGUCAAUUAUGCUGAUUUUGUUUUUUAGUUGGUAGCUAAUGAUAGUUUUGUAUUUGAGAACAAAAAUGGAUGUGUUAGUACUAUUUGACUAUAGCGAGAAUAAGUGAAACUUUGUAAUUACCUUUUCAAUGAACUAUAA